AGUUUUAUGUCACAGAUGACAUCUGGCUCGCGUAAGAGGAGGGUCUGUUAAAGAAGCUCUCUCUUAAAAAUAAUUUUUUCAAAGCACUUUGAAUUCAUUUCGGUUCAAAAUAUUUUUAUGAAAAUAAUCUCUGGCUUUAUCCUCAUUUCACAGUAACUUUCUGUAAUUCAUUUCAGGAAAUUUGUAUUUUUAUUUUAAAAUGGGAAGUGAUGAAAUGCAAGACCCUUCUUUGAAAAGUCUGUUCUGUAUUCAAGAUGUUAAAGACUGUGCCUUGAAAGGACUGCCUCAGACGUACUGGGAUUAUUUCGCACGUGGGGCAGCGAACGAAGUAACCCUCGCGAACAACGAGUUGGCUUUUCAAAAGUUUCGGAUCCGACCGCGGGUGAUGGUGGAUGUGUCCCAGCUGGAACUGGAGACAUCCGUCCUCGGGGAGCGGGUGGCUUUUCCGGUCGGGAUCUCCCCGUCGGCCUUGCACGAAUUGGCGCAUCCGGAAGGGGAGUCGGCCACUGCCGUAGCUGCAGGUGAGCAGGGUACGAUUUACAUUCAAUCGACAUUGAGCUCACAGUCACUCGAGGAAGUUGGGGCUGCAGCUCCCAAGACGACAAAAUGGCUACAGUUGUUUAUAUUCCAUGACAAGGAUAUCACAAAAAGUUUAGUUGCUAGGGCUGAAAAAGCUGGAUUCAAAGCUAUCGUUGUUACCGUAGAUAUACCAAUCAUUAGUCUACGUAAAUACGGAAGCAGCAGCUCAGGACCUCCAUUUCCCGAUCACCUUCGAUUCGCUAACUUAACGAAUGAAAAAUGCUCUCUCUCUCAAACUAACAAAAAUAGCGGUGGCGAAAGAUUUGAUACAAAAGGUGCAUUUAAUCCGAGACAAACGUGGGACGAUAUCAAGUGGCUGAAAAGCAUAACAAAAUUACCAGUAGUGCUUAAAGGAAUCCUGACCAGAGAAGACGCUAUUCUCGGUGCAGAUGCAGGAGCCGAUGGGAUUCUGGUUUCCAACCACGGAGGAAGGCAGUUAGACGGAUCUCCGGCAACGAUUGAAGCAUUGCCUGAAAUUGUUGAGGCUGUUGGUGAUAAAGUCGAAGUUUAUUUGGAUGGUGGAGUUCGAGGAGGAGCGGAUGUUUUCAUUGCUCUCGCUCUUGGAGCAAAAAUGGUUUUUAUUGGGCGUCCAGCAGUAUGGGGUCUCGCAGUAGGUGGACAAGACGGAGUGAAAAAAGUUCUGGACAUCUUUAAGUAUGAGCUGAGCAACGUGAUGGCUUUAUCAGGUGCUGUUUCGCCGCAACAAAUAACCAAUUCUAUGGUGGUCCAUGAGUCAUACUACAGCAAAUUUUUGCGAUAAUGUAAAAGUUCCCGGUGAUCACACGCUUUAUCUCUAAAAUCUGUGAACGCUAUCUUUUACUGAUUUUAGGUUGACGAAGAAUCAUUAAAUAUUAAAUUGAAUAUACUGCUUUAAAUGGUUUGGUCACACGAUGAAA